AGUUCGACAUGGCUGCCGAUGUUGUUGAUGCGAACAUUGUAGAGCAGUCACCGUUUAACGACCUUGGCUGGCGUGAAUGGCUUAAUAAUGCCAGCUGCGUUCUCGUCGUUUACGUUGAGCCACUACUGUGUUCCAUUGGUUUUCUUCUGAACUGCGCCUGCAUCGCAGUUUUUCUGAGCGUUUCAAGUCACGGGUAUUUUCGCAAGACGAGCCUUCUCUUCUACCUUGUUGCUCUUUCGAUAUGCAAUGCACUUCAGCUUCUUCUAUCAAUCUUUGUCAUUGUUCUGCCGGCUAUGGAGCAGUUUGUUGGGAACGAUUUCCCUCGAGAGGCGGCUAAUCUUCACCAAAUAAACGCGAUCACUGUCAGACUCGGAUACCCUUUGAUGCUGGCUGCCAAUUACGCCGCCAUCUGGCUUCUUACAUUGAUUUGUGCUCAAAGAUUUCAGGCAAUCUGUCACCCAUCCAAUCCAUGGAAAUUACGACUGACGUGUGUACGUAGAAGCAAAGGAGCUGUCACACUCGUAGUGGGGGCAGCUAUAGGACUCAACAUAAUCCGCUUCUGGGAAAUGGAAUGGCAUGCAGAUGACGGCGGCAUUGUCAGCUCAGGACUUCGAGAUGAUCUUCUCUACAAGGUUAUACAAGAAGGCAUUGUCUACGGCCUCAUAGUGUAUGGUCUACCUAUAUGUCUCCUCCUGUGGUUAAAUCUAAACAUAAUCCGUCUAAUCAAAGGAGAACAGCUUCAUGUGCAAGCAUCACGCCGAUCAGCUGAGUACCGCACAGCUCUAAUGACAGUGUUCGUGUUCGUCUUCUUCUUUUUAUGCACAACCCUUUCGGCGUCAAUAAGACUCUUCAUGAUAACUGCUGGAGGACUAGUGGAUCCUCUAGAGCUCGUAUGGCUGGUCGAUCUUUCAAAUCUUUUAAUGAACAUCAAUGCGCUGAUAACUCCAGUUAUUUGUUUUAUUUUUACCAGAGGAUUCAAGGAUCUUUUCUUUGUCAUCAGAUUUGCCCCACCAAAAGGUUCUUUUGACGAAAAGGACUUCAAUCGACAGUUUUCUCCCAUGCUAGCAUCAGAGUAUCGCAAUAUUUCGUAGUCUUACUUGUUGUUAUCAUCAUUAAUACCACUCAAUGGCAAGAAUUGUGAUCUCAUGUAACGUGCAUAAAUUUCUGC